UGGGGAGUGUACCGUCUAGAAAUAAUAAGACGGUCGGUCAGCGGCGGCCCUCCUUUGGAAACAAGUUUUGUGGUGCUGUGAGUCCAGCGGCAACCGCAAGGUGACGCAUUCGGCAACCCCGGCAAACAGCUGCAUAUGGUGGCUGUCGGGUUAAACCGGCGUGUAAUGAGUACGGACGUGAGGCGAUCUUAAAUGGCAAAUCCGACAAAGGCUAAAGAUCCGGCGGAAGCAGCACUGUCAGCAGUUGAAGAAGCCCUGAAACUCGAUUUCGGUGGCCCGGAUGCAACCUUUAACUUCGAGGAAACGGCACCUGAAGCAAGCGCAGCUGCGGAAGCAGAUCCGGAGCGCAAGCCUCAACCGCCGACGCAAAGCGAACCUCCCCGCGAGGAACAGCGUGCCUCCCGCAGGCGCGGUCGGGGCGGACGUCCCCCGGCAGCCAACGAUGACCGUCGCAGCAUCGGCAAUCUGAUUUAUGCGCUGCAACGCCGGCCGUCUUCGGCUCCGUUCUGGGGCGCACUUGCCUUGAGCGCCCUUUGGGCGGCGCUCGGCAUAAGCCUGUUCAUGUCCGCCUUCUCCGACAAGGUCACUUCCCUUGGCGAUCCUCAGGCCCUUCUCUCCUCCCCCGAGAUGAUCCUGGCAGCGGUUGGUAUUCUCGUUCCGAUCAUCUUCUUUUUCGUCAUGGCAAUGAUGAUCUGGCGCGCGCAGGAAAUGCGCAUCGUCGCCCGAGGCAUGACCGAAGUGGCGCUGCGUCUCGCCGAACCCGAGGACAUGGCCAAGGAAUCCAUUCUCAGCGUCGGCCAGGCCAUUCGGCGGGAAGUCGCCGCGAUGGGAGACGGCAUCGAGCGCGCUAUUGCUCGCGCCAGUGAACUGGAAGUGCUCGUUCACAACGAGGUAUCGUCACUCGAGCGUUCCUAUAAUGAUAAUGAACUCAAGAUCCGCGGUCUGAUCGAGGAACUCGUCAGUCAGCGUGAAUCCAUUGUGAUGAAUGCCGAAAGGGUUCGUGAGACAAUUGCCGGGGCACACGAGAAGUUCUCCUCGCAGCUUUCAAGCACGUCUGGUGAACUCGGUGAGACGGUGGAUCAGGCCUCCCAUCGCAUGAUCGAAGCAGUCAACAGCCGUGUCGAGGAACUGACGUCGACCGUCGACAGCCGGAUUGAAUCCCUCGGUGCGACACUCAAUGCCUCCGGAAACGAACUCGUCGACAGCCUGACCGUACGUGCGGAAGACUAUGUUUCCCGCCUGUCACUCACCGGCCACGAGCUCGUGGACAAUCUUGCCGAGACCGGCGCGACCAUGUGGGAAACACUUUCCGACCGCGGCAACCAGGUCAACGAACGGUUUGCCGAAACCGCCACCACAUUUGUCGACACACUGGAGCGCCGCGGAAGCGAAAUCAACGAGACACUGUCUUCCUCCAGCACAUCGGUCAUUUCCACACUCAGCAGCAAGGCGGAUGAAUUCCGCACGACGCUUGAGAACACCGGGAUCACCGUCGGCGACGUCAUCACGGCGCGCGGCGAAGAAAUCAACGCCAACCUUUCCCUGACAUCAGGUCGCCUGAUCGACACGAUCACGUCGCGGACAGAGGAACUCGUUUCAACAGUCGACACCCGCGUGACCAGCCUGGACGAGUCUCUGGCGGUAACGGGCAAGCAGGUCACCGAGAGCAUUUCCGAACGCGGACAGGCCGUCACCGACACGAUCUCCAUUCGUGGCGCGGAAAUUGUCGAGACGCUCUCCAGCCGUUCGACUGAAGUUGCCGAAAUCCUGCGUGGAACCGGCGAAAGCAUUGUGGUCGACCUCUCCCUGCGUGGCGGUGAAAUUGCAGCCAAGCUUGAUGAGACGGCCGGGUCCCUCACCCAGACCAUUUCGGUGCGCGGCGGUGAACUUGCCGAGAAACUGGACAACAUUUCCGAGCGCAUCUACACCGCCAUUUCCAUCAACGGAACGGAGCUGGACGAGCGGCUCACGGCCCGCAGCAACGAAAUGGCGACCAUGCUCGAGCAGCAGACUGUCGGUUUCCGCAACACUCUGGAAAGCGUCUCCAAUCAGUUUGCCGUCGGCCUUGGCGAACAGACCGGCUCGCUCACCCAGACCCUGGCGGAUACGGGUACGCAGCUCGCCGAACUCAUCGGCAGCCGUGGAGACCGCGUCGCCCACGAUAUCAAUCAGGUCAGUGCCCAGAUUUCCGAUACUCUGGAAGUGCGCGGCGGUGCCCUUCAGGAGGGCCUUUCCUCCAGACUUACUGAACUGGAAACGAUCGUUACAGAUCGUGGCGGGCAGCUUAUCGAUGCCUUCGACACGAAAUCGCUUCUCUUGUCCGAAGCGAUGGAUUCCCGUCUUUCCACCCUCGAUACCACCUUCGCAUCGCGCAUCGACACGAUGGAUGCGUCGCUCGGCAACCGCAUCGCGGCAAUGGACGCGACGAUCGGUGGACACGCCACAUCACUGGAUGCGGCGAUCGGCGGACACGCGGCAAAUCUCGAUGCAUCUCUCGGCAGCCACGCGGCAGCCAUAGAUGCAUCGCUGAGCGAACGUCUUGCGUCGGUGGAUGCCGCCAUUGGCGGGCAUGCAGCAACCCUGGAUGCAACGCUCAACAAUCAUGUGGGCGCAAUUGAAACCUCACUGAGCGACAAGCUCUCUGCAGUCGACGCCACGCUCGGAAACCGCACCGCGGAGCUGGAUGCUUCGCUUGGUGGCCAUGCGGCAGCGAUGGAAUCCACGCUUGGUGACCGCCUUGCGGCAAUCGACACAACCCUGACUGAACGGGCUGCUGCGAUAGAUGCCUCAAUCGGCGAGCGUGGAGUGGCAAUGGAUGCUGCACUCGGCAAUCGCAUUGCGUCCCUUGAUGCAUCCCUCGGUGAUCGCGUUGCAGCCAUGGAUGCGUCGCUCGACCAGCGUUACAGCGCGAUUGAUGCAACCCUGAGCGACCGUAUCAGCACGAUGGACACAUCGCUUGAGCAUCGCUUCACGUCCAUGGAUGCGACGCUUACGGAUCGCAUCAGCACUCUGGACGCUUCUCUGGAACAGCGGUUCACUUCGAUGGACAUGUCGCUGGGCGAAAAGAUUUCCUUCAUGGACACGACUCUGGAGAGCCGUUUCAACUCCAUGGAUGCCUCGCUCGGUGCUCGCGUCACCACGAUGGAUGCCGCCCUGGAAAAUCGCCUGUCCUCCAUGGACCGCUCCCUGAGCGAACGUAUUUCCACCAUGGAUGGCGCGCUCGGCGGCCACAUCAACACGCUGGAUCUGACACUCGACCAGCGCACCGCCACUUUCGAAGCUACACUUGAAGCGCGCACGCAGAUCCUCGCGAGUGCCAUCGAAAACCGGACCACCGGCAUCAGCGAUGCGCUUGAGGAAAAGACCCGCAACAUCACGGAUGUGCUGGCGGAUCGCUCGGACGCAAUCACCCUGCAGCUUGGUCAGCGGAUCGAGACAGCGGGCAACACGCUUGCGGACCGCGCAGCCGAAAUCGGUGAGACACUGUCCGAACGCGUUGAUGGUGCCGCUGCUUCCAUGGCGGAAAAGGCGGAACUCCUUUCCACAUCCAUGACAAGCGGAACGGACCGGAUCGACGAGACACUCGAUGCCCGUGCGCGACAGAUUUCCGAGACCCUGAUUUCCCGGACGAAGGAAAUCGCCAAGGCCUUUGUCGAUGGCCAGGAGGAAAUGACGACCGCUCUCGACAACCGCCUGUCUGAAGCAGGCGACGUUCUCGGCAAGCAAAGCGAACAACUGACGGAAUCCCUGUCGGAGCGCAUUGCAGAGAUCAACGUUUCCCUCGGUGCAAAGGUCUUUGAGGUUGCCGAAACGCUCGACAGCCGUGCAACACAGCUCGAAACCCUGCUCAAUGAGCGUUUGGAGAGCAUCUCCGGCACAUUGACGGGCGAGAGCGAGCGCGCACGCGAUAUCCUGACGACGGUGAUUGCCGAGGCCGGCGCUACGCUUUCAACUGAGAGCACACGCCUUCGCGACGUGGUCCAGGAAGCAACCACCGCAGCCGUACAAUCCCUGUCCGACGAACGCACCAAGACCGUUGACAUCGUCGACAGCGCGCUUAAUCAGGCUACGGAAAAACUGUCUGGCGAAGGCGAUCGCAUGCGCCAGAUCGUUCUUGGUUCCGUCGGUGAAGCCCGUGGUGUGCUCGUUGGCGAGAGCCAGAAAGCUGCCGACACGGUUAGCACCGCAAUGCAUCAGGCAACCGGGGCCAUGUCCGGCGAAAGCGCGAAGAUCCGCGAACUGGUUCUUUCCGCCGUCAACGAUGCAGCGCGCGCCAUGGCCGCUGAAAGCGAGAAAGCCCGCACACUUUAUGCAGGCACGCUUGCCGAUUUCACAGGCUCGCUCACCGGCGAAAGCGAAAAGGUUCGCACAAAUCUCUCCGGCCUCAUUGCCGAGAUUUCCGGCAACCUGUCCGCAGAAAGCGAGCAGGCACGCAUCACACUGACCAACACACUGGAAGAAAUCCGCGGCCAGAUGUCGAGCGAGGCCGGCAUCGUGCGUGCCCGGGUCAACAGCGCGGUCUCCGAGGCGGCCGAACUUCUGGUGGGUCGUGGCAACGAUGUCGCCAACGAACUGCUUGAAAAGGCAACGGCUCUGAACCAGGCAUUCGGCGAAAGCUCAGGAGAGCUUGCACGCAUUGUCGGAACAGACGGCAACGAAUUGAUCAAUGCCAUCGAAACCCGCGCCAACGAUCUCACAGGCCGCCUCUCCGAAGUUCAUGGGGCAAUCCUCGAUGCAAUCACGGUCAAGGGACGGGAUGUCACCGACACGUUUGCACAUACCGGACUGGAUGCGACACGCACACUUGUUGAGGCUGGCGACCGUAUCAUUGCCAGCAUCAGCGAGCGCAGUGAUCAGGCCGCGUCCCUUCUCAGUGACACGAAGAACCGCCUUGAAGCCGACGUUACGGAAAUCCUCAACAAGGUAGAGACGUCGAACGCCAAUCUUCAGAGCAUCGUCACGGCUGCAGGGGAAAAUCUCAACGAGGUGGAGGGGAACCUCGCCCGCCGCGCCGGAGAAUUCCGCUCCGCUGUCGACCGGGCGGUUCAGGAGACCACCCAGACCACAACACUCAUCGACGAGCAGGUAUCCAACCUGCGUGACGUUACCCAGACAACACUGGCGGAUAUCCAGAACCUGACGAAACGCUUCGGCGAUCAAUCCGAAGAGCUGACACGCGCGGCGCGUCAUCUGGAAGACACCAACCAGUCGGUCGAAGGCCGCGUUGCAGAACGCCGAACCGCGAUCGAGGAAGUUGCCGAUACGCUGCUGUCGAAAACCGAAGCGGUCGACACGCUGAUGCGCUCGUUUACCCAGACGCUGUCCGACACGCUGGAAUCGGCUGAUGACAAGGCGCGCGAGGCAGCAAAAAUGCUGGGAGCAGCGGCGGAAGCAGCCUCAAACCAGGUAACCGAACAAUUCGAAUCCAUGCGCCUGACAGCAGGCAUGGAGGGUCAGAAGGCCCGUGAUGCCAUUCGCUCUGCUCAGGACGACAUCAUUUCGGAAAUGACCCGCACGGUCAGCGACGCCUCCGAUCGGUUCAAUGACGCGGCCGGCCGCAUGCGCGAUGUUGCCCGUGACGUGCACCGCGAGUUGGAAGCAACGCGCAACGAGCUGAAACUCGGUGUUCUCAAUCUGCCUGAAGAAGCGGAAGAAUCUUCCGCGGCGUUGCGCAAGGUGGUGAACGAGCAGAUCCGAGCCCUGACCGAACUGUCCGAGAUUGUUGCCAAGCAAUCCAACACCCUGGACAUUUCGCGACCUCAGACGCAGUCCGUCGCCAGCGCAACCCCUGCUCCGCAAUCUGCUGCGUCGGCAAGUUAUGCGCCUGCCGCACCUGUUCAGCAACCUGCGUCAUCUGCCGGUGACCAGCGGCCCGCACAGCAGAACCGGCCAACAGAAUCCCGGCGACAGGAGACCGCACAGCCGCAAGGCGGAAAUCCCGGUGGCAAGGGCUGGGUUGCGGAUCUGCUUCGCCGCGCGUCGCGCGACGAUGACGAAGCAAGCGCCGACACCAGCGUCGGACGGACCCCGCUGCAGACAGUUGAAAGUCUCAAUUCCCUGUCGGUCGAUAUUGCACGUGCGAUCGAUCACGAGACAUUCAUCGAUCUGUGGAACCGGUACCGGAACGGCGAACGGCAUGUCUUCACCCGCCGCCUGUACACGCUUCAGGGACAGCAGACCUUUGACGAAAUCCGUCAGAAGUAUUCCAGGGAUCCGGAAUUCCGGACAGCAGUAGAACGGUAUGUUGCCGACUUCGAACAGUUGCUGGCCCAGGUGUCACGCAACGACCGGGACAACAUGCUCGGCCAGACCUACCUCACAUCAGACACGGGUAAGGUCUAUACGAUGCUGGCCCAUGCUAGUGGUCGCCUCGACUAG